AGAGAGUUGUUUCCUUUUCCGGUUGAUCGUCCAUUCUUUCUGUACAGGGUGACCGGUGGAAGCUGUAGAAACGGAUUUAGUAGGAUAGUGGGUGCAGUUGGGGACCGUGAAGAUGGCAGGCCGCCGUGUUGCUGUUAAAGCCAUUGAUUGGAUGGCAUUUGCAGAGAGGGUGCCACCAAACCAGAAAGCCAUGUUCAACAGUCUCAAGACACGCAGUGAUGCCAUUGCAGCAAAGUUGGCAUCCCUUCCUGAGAAACCAGCAGCAAUUGAUUGGACGUACUACAGGACAGCUGUAGCUAAACCUGGCUUGGUGGAAGAAUUUGAGAAAAAGUUCAGUGCACUGAAAGUUCCAGAGCCUGUGGACACUCAGUCAGCCAAGAUUGACGCCCAAGAACAGGAAGCUAAAAAGAGUGCUGCAGCUUACAUUCAAGCAUCAAAACAACGUAUUGCAGAGUAUGAGAAGGAGCUUGAGAAGUUUCGAAACAUGAUUCCAUUUGAGCAGAUGACAUUUGAGGACUUAAAUGAAGCCUUUCCUGAAACCAAGCUAGACACGAAACAAUAUCCAUACUGGCCACAUAAGCCUAUUAGUGAACUGUAAUUGACCUGAUGAACUGGGAUCUUCUCUGUACAUAUAUCAACGUUGCCAGUUUUUUCAUUCCACUGGAUUAAUGUUUUAAAUAAAUAUUGUGUAGUACCUAAAAUGAGAUCUUCCAUAAAUGUUUGAAUUACAGUUUUUAUAAGAGCUGCCUUGUAUAAUCAGUUUUGUCCCCAGAAUGUCAUUUUUUGUUCUAUGAGGGCAUUUGCCUGCUUCACUGCUAGGUUGUUAAACUUGCUGACAGCAUACUUCCAGAUUUUUCUGGGUUCAAAUCUCUCUAGCUAAUUGCAAAUGAUAUCUCUGUAUGCUUCUGCUAAUCAACAAGUGGCUGCAUAUCAGGGCAUUCUUGUGCUGCUAAUUAUUGAGGUGAGUGCAUGUUUUUUGUUCUUUAACUUAGAAAAUUUAUAUUGCUAAAUGUGGUGAUUAGUAGAUAUUAAUCAGUAAAACAAUGGUAGUUCAAAUAGUAGGCUCAAGCCAUAUUGAAAGGGAAUGUCCGUUUCAUACGUUUUGAUUUUAUCUUGGGAUACAUUUGUUCCCAGAGAUGUGGAUGGGAUUUUUCCCUCACUAAUGCAACAUAAAUUUGUUCCACGUCCCUUUGGGUUUUGUCACAUUCCAUUAUCUUUUAUCUGGUCAGAGUUCCACAUACUACAGCAAGAGAAUGUUUGUUGUAUGGUCAUUACUUUCCUAUCUGUAGUGGCUUGCCUGUUCCUUGCAAAGAGAGUGUUUUUAAUCCCAUAAACCGAAUAUGCACUUGUGCUGUGAAACCAACAAAACUACAGUCCUUACCAGAGUUUGCAUAUUCAACUUAAACUUUUACUUGGAGGAACACCAAUGCUGCAAUGUAGACUUCCAUCCACCUCUGUCCUCACUUGUCUGUCAUAAGCACCGUUCUAAAUUUUGCACUUGGUCCACUGCCCCAUUUUGUAAGUGAACAUCUGUAUACCCCCUCCCUCAUCAGAACAUUGUUCCAUUGUCUUCACACUUAACAUUUCUCACCAUUGUCUUCUUGGUGGAAUAAAACCUUUUGCUUUCCAAGGAACCCUUAUCUGGUACCAUUUAUCUACUUGCAUGAGAACUGUUUUCUCUUUUACAUUAAAUCAGCUGUUUGAAACCCGU